AUGCUUCCAGGAUUUGAUUUAGAAGGUGGUGUUGGAGGUGUUGGUGCUGCUGGUGGUUCUUUUUUUCUUUGUACUGAAACUUGGCCUAGAUGCUUUGUAAUUAAACAGGUUAAUGAUUUGGAUGGUGCUAUAAAAGAAGUUCAACAAUCCGAGGAGAAUGAAGAAAAAGUCCCUGAAACUUUGUCGGCUCCGGGACAACAUCAUUAUCAAUCUAAUAAUAAUUGUAAUAGUUCUAAUGCUUCCCCAUUUUUGCCGAUGCUGCCUUGGUGGUUCACAGCAGAAUGUCGUCAUCAAUUACUUUCUGUCCCAGGACCCGAACAAUUUAUUCGUUCAAAUACGCCUGAACAACGACCCCCUUCAAGUAUUUGUGGUGCUAUUCCAAUGAAUGAAGAACAACUUAGGGCUAGACUUACAAAACAAUUAGAAUUUUAUUUUAGUCGAGAAAAUUUAAUUAAUGAUCGUUAUUUACGUUGUCAAAUGGAUGCUGAUCAAUACGUCCCAAUAAAAAUUGUUGCAAAUUUUCCAAAAGUUGCACAAUUAAGUACAGACUUUGAUUUGAUUGUAAAUGUGCUUAAAUCUUCCUCACAAGUACAAGUUGAUGAAAGUGGGACAAAAGUGCGACCAAUGUCGAAACGAUGUACUAUUAUUUUGAGAGAAAUUCCACAAAAUGCUGAUGAAAAUGAAGUAAAAUCAAUGUUCCAAAGUGAAGAUGGCCAAUGUCCCCCAUACCUUUCUUUAGCUUAUGGUCUAAAUGAUAGUUGGUAUGUAACAUUUCAAACAGAAGAAGAAACUCAACAAGCAUUCUUUCAUCUUCAGACAUUGGGGAAAACGUUUAAUGGAAAGCCUGUUUUUGCGCGUAUAAAAAAUGGCGGGGCACCCAUUGGAGCUGAUCACAGACACAGUCCAGAUGUUCAUCAACAAUUGUUACGUUUUUCAGAAAAUGGAUUACACGGACAACUAAUAAUUCAUGAUUUGGAUAUUGAACGUUCAACAACACCAAAUUCACAGCAACAUUUACGUCCAUGUGAGAGAGGAGGUGGAGGAGGUUUUUUUAGAUUUUCCAAGUAA